AUGGCCGCCAAUCCCCCGCCCUCCGGCGGGCCCUCGGCCAACGGCGCCAAUGGUGCAGCCUCACCCGCCCCAUCCGCCAUUUCCCAGUCGAGCGUCACCUCCAGGAUAUCGUUCGCAAUACCUUCGGCCACUCCCCAAAAAGCGGCAGCCAAAGGCGCACCCGUCAACUUGGACACACGUGCCGCGCUUCCUCCCAAACCGAUGAGCGCGACCAGCUUCAAACCGUCCACUGCCAGCCUCCCUGCACGACCUGCACGACCAAGCCCGUUGCCAUGGCCACCGCCCACUAAUGGCUUCGGCGGCGUUAUGCGAAUGGGUUCGGCAUCUGCCAGUCCAGGCGCCGGUCCCUCCACUGAGCGCUCGACGGAGCGCGAGUCGCGGCGCGAAGAACGAGGAGCUCGCGCGCGAUCUCAAUCCCGUGAGCCAGGCGAGGUGUCGCCUCCGCGUGAAAAGCGUAGGAGGUCGCGCUCGCGUGACCGCCUAGAUGACCGCUAUAGGCGUGAUCGAGACCGGAGCCUCGAGCGCGACUACCGGGAUCACCAUCGGGAUAGAGAUAUCCGCGACCACCGCCGUGAACGAGACCGAGACCGAGACCGAGACUGGGAUCGAGACCGGGAACGAGACCGCGGAUACCGCAGCGAUAGAUAUCGCGCGAGCAGGUCCCCAGAGAGGCGCACCUAUGACGAUGAGCGGCCGAGUAACCACAGCCGCAGCCACCGUUCGUAUGUACGCGACCGUGAACAUGAACGAGAACGUGAGCGCGAGCACGAGCGUGACCGCCGCGACAGAGACAGGUACGCGCGCGACAGCCGCUCGCCCGUUAAGUCACCCUCUCGCACGGAGCGGCUUCGAUCACCAGUGAAGCGCAGAUCGCCGUCACCUGUGAACCGCGCUACCUCGUCGCGGCCUCACAACGUCUUUAAACCCCCUUCACCUCCGUCCGCACCGCCACCUGCACCACCAUCUGCACCGCCACCUGCGCCGCCGACCGAACCUCUUCCGCCACCCCACGCUCCCCCACCCCCUCCGCCUGACGACGCACCACCUCCACCUCCUGACGGUGACGCACCUCCACCUCCUCCUGCAUCUACUCCACCUCCUCCACCUCCCGUGGAGCUACGACUUCCAUCUCGUCCUCUGUCCCCGCAGAGCAUCCCCUCUCUCGGGCCGUCGUCUGCACCUUCGACCAGGCACCUUGCAACUCCUCCCUCUGGCCCGAGAGCCUUAGCGCGACCGGCCUAUGGGCCCGGUGUCGUUAAGGCCGCCAACGCGCCUCCAGCGUGGGGCCCAAGUGCAGCGAACACGGUGAAUGGCAGCUCACCCGCUUGGGGUUCGAACGCGGUACCCAGAGGACCAGCCGGGUGGAGCGCUAAAGCGGAUGCUGCCGAGCCACCAAUCUCUUCACUCCCGCCUACAAUCCCAACAGGCCCAGCUGCAGCCAAGCUACCCCCUCAGCAUGACUGGAAGCCGCCUCCCAGCGCUUUCAGGCGCCCUGGCAUCGGCAACUGGCUCAUGGUCCUCGACCCAGCCGACCCCAAGAACUAUGUCAAGCGCGUCGAUGGCGUUAUCAACGGCAUGGAGGUGCACGCGCGCGACCCGCGCCUCAAGAUCCCGCUCGAGGUCAGGGAACGCGGUGCAGGCUACAUGAAGGAUCGCAAGGAUGGCCUUCACCCGCUCAAAUACGAGUGGGACGAGCAAUCACCCGGUCCGAAGCCGCCCCCUCCUCCUACAGCCGUCCUGCUCAUGAGCCUCAGCCCGCUCACGACCGUCGAACAGGUGUCCAAGUUUCUGCGGCCGCAUGGCCGGAUCAAGGAAAUCGACGCCAAGAUGGACCCGCGGAGCGGCAUGCAGCUAGGAAUUGUGUGGGUCAGAUUCGAUGGCCCAGCGCCUGGCAAGACAGGUACAGCCCAUGAUGUCGCCAAGAACGUUGUGCGGAUAUGUGACGGACAGCGCGUUGGCCUGCAGAGCCAGGAGCGAGUUCGCGUCGUGUUGGAUGGUCGGGGUUUGCUGGCCGAGAAGGCCGUCAAGGAGGAGAUGGCUAAGAGGAAUGCUCCUAAACCGAAGCUUCCACCGCUGCCAUCCGCGCCUACUCCAGCGAUCAGCACACCAAGUGAGGGGAAACAAACACCGAAGCCGCCGACGCUCUCGCGGCCUGUCCCUCGACCACCUCCUCCGCGUGGCCCGAAGUUCGAGACGUUCGGCCGCAACUUCGCAUCGCUCAACCGCUCUCUGCCUGUUGACCGCUUCCAGCACCAGCCACGCUCAGGGCUCGGAGCCCAGGCUGUACAGGAUUUCUCGCGCGACUUCCGAGGGCCCGUACAUGACCGUGACUACAGGCGUUUCCCGCGAGGGGAACAUUUAUCCCCUGCCACUUCCGGUUCGCGGUCCCGCUCACGCUCGCCGUCAACGUCCGACAGUGAUUCGGACGACGACUUCCGGCGUCGGCGCGCGGAUUCUCCGCGGCGUCGGGCUCGUGGACCAGCACGCGCAGCUGUCGAUAAGAAGGAGGCGGACGAAGCCGCGGUCGAGCGCGUGCGCCAGGCCCUCGCCGCCAACGCCAAGGCCUACAUCUUCAUCGAGGUCAAGAGCCUGCCCACGACACAAUCCGAGGCGAAUGUCCGCGAUCACUUCCGUGCGUUCAAGCCAGACCAUGUGCUAUGCAACCACACAGGGUGGUACGUGCUCUUCGGGGACGACCAAUCGGCGUAUCGCGCGCAGCGCGUGCUGGACAAGACGGCUGUGCAGGGCCACCGCAUCAACAUCGAUGUGCGUACGCACAAAGGCGAGGCUGCGGGUCCCGCCGAGCCGGAGAAGGCAGCUGGAGGUUGGCGCUUCCUCACGAUCUCGAAGAACCGCAAGGCUGCGCCGCGACCAUCCAGCCCGAAGAAGGCGCGGCGGCGACUCUCUGUGUCGUAUACUUCAAGCGACGACGACGAGCCACGACUGCGCAAGGUAGCCAAGAAAGUGGAGACCAAGGAGCUCGAGCCCGUACUGGAGCCCGAGUCAGAGCCUCUUGUCGAAGAGAUCAAAGUCGAAGCUGUGGAUGACGGCGAGACCAAAAUCGAGAUCGAAGUUGAGCUCGAGCCCGACUCGAACAAGAAGAAGCGCGCCGGCAAGGCGGUCAAAGUGUCCAAAACAAAGAAGGCGCGCAUCGAGUCGCCACCCGUUGCCGAGGUCAAGGUGGCGGCCAAGCCACAAAAGCCGAAGCCGCGUAAGAAGACAGUCUUCGACAAACUCGUGGCUGCCGACCUCCUCGCGGACGACGAGGAUGCGUACUGGCUCGCGCAGGCACUUGCACACGAGGGCGAGGACAUCGAGCUGUCCGAUGCCGAGUCCGAUCUCGACGAGGAGCACCCACUGCACCACACGUCGGGGGCGUGGCGAGCCGAGGGGUAUCGCAAGGUCGCUGCCACCAAGAAGAGUGUUUACCUACCACAACGGAAUCGUGCGACGGCGGCUGCAAGCGCCGCGGCCAUGCCGGGUGGGACAGCGGUGUUGGCAACGGGUCGUACGGCGCGUGUCGAGGGUCGCCGCCUCAACAUUGACCUGGAGAGCACUCGUAAGGCCGCGUCUGCAUCCAACGCCGAGGCCAACGACGUGUUCGCGUUCAACCAGCUGCGUAUCCGGAAGAAGCAGUUACGCUUCGCGCGCUCGGCCAUCGAGGGCUACGGCCUGUACGCGAUGGAGACGAUCCAGCCGAACGAGAUGGUGUGCGAGUAUGUCGGCGAGCUGUGCCGCGUUGCCGUCAGCGAGGUGCGGGAACAGAGGUACAUGAAGCAGGGCAUCGGAAGCUCGUACCUGUUCCGCAUCGACGGCGACAUUGUUUGCGACGCAACGUUCAAGGGCAGUGUAUCUCGUCUUGUCAACCAUAGCUGUGACCCCAACUGCCUCGCCAAGAUCAUCAGUAUCAACGGCGUCAACAAGAUCGUGCUGUACGCCAAACGCACCAUCCAUCCGGGAGAGGAGUGUCUCUACUCUUACAACUUUGCGCUCGAGACCGACCCCGCACUCCGCGUGCCCUGCCUGUGCGGCUCCGAGAAGUGCACUGGGUUCCUGAACUAG